AGCGGAUUCAAGGUUCGCGAACGACCCCAAGUGUCAACAACUGUGCCAUUUACGUCUCUCUUGUGACGGAGGGAGCUUGAAGUUAUGAGAGUGGCGAGAACGUUGCUUGCAGGUUGCUGCACUUCUGUGACAUCAUGACUGUAUGGACAAGAUCAAAUUUCCAUUGGCAUGGACCAAUGGUGGCUGUUGUGGUUGUGUUAUGGCUCUGUGUAGCAUACGUCCUUUGGCAGUGUUCCACUGGUGAAUCUCACUCUCGUGUUUACACAGAUGGUCUGUUCAAAAGUCACCAGAAGUUCACUUCAGGAUCAGAGCCUGACAAACAGACAGAGGGUAAGGUGGUUGAGAACAAUAUAAAAAGAGUUUGCUACUAUGCCCUACCUCAUGUGAACACUACUGUUGCCACCCUGAUUCCAAAGGACAUACCACCAUACUUGUGCACACACAUUAUUAUUAUAGGAGCUGAGAUACAUGAUAAUAAGAUUGUUCCUGUUGAAGAAAAUGAUUUGAAGAUAUUUGCUGAAGUAGUGGCACUAAAAGAAGUAAAUCCCAGUCUGCACGUCUUGCUGUGUUUAGGAGGAGACUUCUCAGAGUUGGUGAGAGAUCCUUCUUCUGUGGCUGUUUUUGCCUACAAUGCACAACAGUUUUUGAUAGAUCAUAAUUUAGAUGGCAUUGACCUAGACUGGGAGUUCCCUGCCUGGCCAGCAUGGAAGAAGAAUGUUUUAGAAAAGAAAUGGUUUACAUACUUUGUUCUUCAGCUUAAUAAUGCGCUCAAGUUGGCUGCACAUCCACCUUUCCUCCUGAGCAUAGCUGUAGGUACCCCAAAACCCAUCGUGGAUCAUUGCUAUGAGGUUGACCAACUGGCCAAAUUUGUAGAUUUUGUGUCCAUUAUGGGCUAUGACUACCACAUGUAUCAGUCUUACUUACCCUUCACUGGUCACAACGCUCCCCUGGCAAAGCGGAAUGAUGAGAUUGGAUACUUUUCCACACUGAAUAUUGAGUGGGCAACCCAGUAUUGGUUGCAAAAGGGAAUGCCUAAAGAAAAGUUGAUGGUUGGUAUACCCACUUAUGGACGCACAUGGAGGCUGCUGAGCAGUGCAUGGCAUAAUGUUGGAGCUCCAGCAAUUGGGACUGGAAUGUUGGGAGGAUCUCUCACUUACACAGAAGCAUGCAUCUUUGUGAAAGAGGGAGCAACAUCCUAUUUUGACGGGGAGAGUAAAGUACCCUAUGCUGCCAGAGGAACAGAUUGGGUUUCUUAUGAAAAUCCUGCAAGCAUCAGAGCCAAGGCUGAAUGGGUCAAAACUUCAGGUGUGGCUGGGGUGAUGACUUUUGACCUCAACUCAGAUGACUAUGCUGGCCUGUGCUCAGGGAAAAAAUUUGAACUGCACAACAUAAUUAAGGAUACUUUGUCUGACAUUCCACACAAAUAAGCUUUCGGAAAAUUGUAUAGAGGAUUAUAUCAUCUCACAAGAAUCUUGUAUGAUACACCCAUGUCCAGGUGAGAGGACAUGAUAAAAGUGCAUGCCAGAAAAAUUGAUGUCAGAGGCAGGCAAACUAACAGAUAAACAGCUGAUUCCACUCUUUAAUGAGUAGUGUAACUUGCCUGCUGUUGACAUCACACUUUGGUCAUGCCUACAGUCCAUGCUUGCUCAUCUAGACAUAGCUUUAAAGUUACACAAAUUGGUCUCUUAAUAUGAUAAGUAAAUCCAAAUAAGUGUUGAUGGAUAUGAUCUUUUUUUAUGCCUAAGGCUAUAAAAUUUCGCAGUAUUAAUAUUCUUGGUUGGUUAUUCUUUCAUUGAUGUUCUUAUAUGCAGGUGAAUUAUAUUAAUCUACAAUAUUGUCACAAACUUAUAAAAUAAGCCCUUUCCAGACUAAAUUAGUUAUAAUUACUUGUGUAACUAUUCACAAUGGAAAAUAAUACUUUUUAGGCUUGUAUCCUUUCACAAAUUGAAGUGCACACUUCUAGUCAAGAUGAUGAUAAUGCACUAUAUUUGAAUUGAAUAUCCAAGACUUGAUUAUAUCACCAGUGUGCCUCUUUCUUUAUGCCUUUAGAGUUAGAGUUAAAUAACUGGUAUUUUGAAAAUGGUUGUUAAAUAGUCUUAUAUGUUAUAUACCCAAAUAAUAGUUGUUACUUAUGAAACAUUCCAAACUAUUAACUGUGAUAAAUUCUAGUUCAUACUGAUGCCAGUACAUUAAUCUAAGAUUAUUAUCUUUAUCUAUUGAGUAGUUAGAUCAAAUCCUCAAACUUUUAUAUUUAUUUUUGGUAAGCAUAGAAAAAGCAUUAUAUUUCUCUUUACAAAAAUAUUAUUUAAACUGCACACAUGCUAACAUGGAACAAUAUUGAAGUUUGUUUUUCUUAGUUUUCAUUUUAGAAAUGGUUUUAAAAAAACAUAAAAAUUGAAAUUUGAAUUAAGCCUUUUUUUUAAACUGGUGCAUCAGGUGAGCCUAAUUAUUAAAUUAUUGAACAUUUUCUGCCACAUCAACAUCUAAGGUCAUUAGUGGCAUAUACAAAACAGUGAUAGUGUGGGGCUUGGGGGCAAAGCUCCCAGGUAAAGUUUUGUGGUUCAGUAAGGUAGUGUUUGUGGAUUUCCAGAAUUGUCAGUGGUCAAAACAAACAAAUGUUUCAGACAUUUGGCUGAACUAUAAAGAUUAUUUCAUCUUUCCUUCUUAAGAGAAAUUUAUGUAUUUCAAAUUAUAAAAACAUCUAUUAA